GACCCGUCUUCUUCCAGCGCACAUGCUCAUUCGCCGGGUGACCUCAGACCGUCGUAAGAGCAAGCGCUCAAAUCUGUCAUUUCGCAUUGUGGUGGUUAAAUCAUUGAACACUAACUAUAUCGACAACUGUUGCAUCCUUUUCGCGACUUGCGACGCUGUCCGCAUUGCUGAUUGAGGUAUCUAGAGAAUACGUGAUAACACUUAGUAAUGCCUUCUAUUGAAGAGCUCACCCCCGGUACUGGGCCUGUCGCAACUCGGCCCCCUGACGAUGAAAUUGAGGACGAUGAAGAUGAAGAGUUCGAUGAAACACUAAUGGAGAGGCUAUGGGGUUUAACAGAAAUGUUCCCAGAUACUGUGCGCAACGUUGCUGAUGCGUCUGCACACUGCUCCGUCUCUUUGGUCAAAAAACUGUACAGUUUCUCUCGCUCUGCCCUCUGGGUGGGCACUACCUCGUUCAUGAUCUUGGUACUUCCUGUGGUGUUUGAGACGGAGAGACUGCAGCUAGAGCAGCAACAGCUACAACAACAGAGACAGAUCUUGUUAGGGCCGAACACCGGGAUGUCUGGCGGCAUGCCCAGCAUGAUGCCCCCCGCCCCAGGCAAGAUGUGACGAAAACAAGGGUCCCACACAAGCCCCCGAGCUGCUCCCAGCCGUCCAGAGGGGCAGCUCCAAGGAGACACUGACCAGAAAGGGAGAGAAUCUAGGAAAAUGUCUAAAGAGCAAAGGCUGCACUCUCAGAACAUGACAAAAAGUGCAUUCCAGCAUCAUGAAUUAGCCGGUUGAAUGGUACUCAACGAGAAGGAAGCGGGCCUGAUUGCCAUGUCCUGAGGGUCGCAGUUAAAUACGUCCCCCUUUGCCCCCCCCCCCCCCCUCACAAGGUUCUGUUUACUCUAGUAUCUUGCGUAGACUGAUUUCCUGGAACAAUGUCUCUGUUUUCAUUUUAUAUAUAUAUAUUUACAACUCUUGAAAUAGUGUUCCCACGGGACCUGGCGGUAAUGGUGGAUAAUUGCAACAGAUGGGGUUUAAAAAUAAUGUUUAGGGAUUACCAAAUGUGUGUUUCAGUCUGAGACAUCCAAAGUUGUCUGAAUCGUUAUUCUUGCCAUUGAACAACGCCUACAUGUAAACUUGUGAGAGAUGGUCAGCGGAGACCUAACCUCCCGAACCAGAUUCUGAGUGCUAUAAAUUACACUUCUGCCUGUUUCAUGUCUUAUCUCAUGAGUUUGUGACAUUUUACUGUAUCUUUAUAAUUGGCUGUAGUCAAGAAUGAUUUGUUUUUGUCUCUGUCCUGCAUCUAAUAGAUACCUGGGAAAGAUACUUCUGGUGUCCAUAUUAAUUGAUUGGGUAUUUUAAUAAGCGAAGGCAAAGUUAUACAAUUUCAUAGAAGUUGCCUCUCCUGGGAAUAUAAAAAAUAUUGAUUUGAAAUAUUUUAGGUAGCUGUUGCUAGACCCAUCCAUUUAAAUAAUGUUUUUUUUAUUAAUUUGUUAUUUCAACACUGGCAUAUCAUUUAUUUUCGCAGACCAAACUCAAAGGGUGUAAAAACGGCUCAUAAUAAAACCACUUUUGAACCGUCCUAAAUGGUUGACUGAUGCAUUUAAGACUGGUUUAGUGUUUUUUUGAUUUGUUGUACAGAAGAAAACGAAGCAAUUGGAUGCAAUCAAACCUUGGGUAAAUAAAAGAUGCAUGACUCGAUGAAUA